AUGACCACCCCAAUCCUCCACGACGUCCUCAUCAUAGGCGCAGGCCCAGCAGGCCUCGCCACAGCAACAGCCCUCUCCCGCCAACUCUACACCACAGUCCUCUUCGACUCAAACCUCUACCGCAACGCCCGCGCCACCAACAUGCACAACGUCCUCGGCUUCGACCACGUCCCGCCCCCCAUCUUCCGCGCCAAAGCGCGAGAGGACCUCAGAGCUCGCUACGCAGAGACCGUGACCUUCGCCGACGGCGUCGAAGUCGUCAAGACGACCAAGGUCAAGGACGGGCUCUUUAGGGCCGAGGAUAAGCAGGGUAAGGCGUGGUUUGGACGGCGGCUGGUCCUGGGUACCGGCGUCACGGACAUUGCGCCCGAGGUGCCGGGCUACGCGAACUGUUGGGGCUACGGGAUUUUCCAUUGUCUGUUUUGCCACGGCUUCGAGGAGCGCGGGGCGGAGAGGGUGGGCGUCCUCGCUUUCGGGUUGACGGGGAGCGUCAAGAUGGCGACGCAUAUCGCCUACAUGGCUCGGCCGCUGGGCAAAAAAGUGACGAUUUACACUCACGGUGAUGAGGCUCUCGCUUCAGAGAUUGGUGCCAUGACGGAUAAUCCCUUUACCGUUGACACUCGGAAAAUCACAUCGAUGCGCAUGGCUGGCGGGGAGCACCGCACCAGCGUUACACUCACACUCAGUGGACAAGAUGGAGAAGAAGGAGAGGAAGUCACGGAGGGCUUCCUCGCUCAUGCACCGUUUACAAGACCCAACGGUCCCUUUGUGGAGCAGCUUGGGCUGGAGACGGCGGAGAACGGAGAUAUCAAGACGACUGCCCCUUUUGGAGAGACGAGUGUUUCUGGUGUCUAUGCCGUGGGCGACUGCGGGAAUAUGGUCAAGGCCGUUGCGACGGCGGCGGCGAGCGGUGCAAUGGCUGCGGGUGGCAUGGUCGUGCCGAUGCAGAUGGAGCCCAGGGUUGAGAUGGAUGUCGAGGCUAUGGAGAAAGUUAUUGGGUAA